AAAAAAAAAAAAAAAAAAAAAGGCGCAUUCUCAUUCUCGUUCUAGAGCAUGCGAGAGCAGCAACCAUGGAGGACUUGCAGAGUGCACUUAACGAACAGGGUCUAACUGUUUCUACUGUCCCGGAGAAAGGCCGGUGCCUUUUAACCGCCAGAGAUUUCUAUCCAGGAGAAGUAAUUAUAAGCCAAGAGCCUUAUGUCUGUGUACCGAACAAGUCAUCGGUUGACUCGAGAUGUGAUGGAUGCUUCACAUCAAGUAAUCUUAAGAAGUGCUCAGCUUGUCAUGUUGUAUGGUACUGUGGUAGCACAUGCCAGAAGUUGGAGUGGAAGUUGCAUCGUCUUGAAUGCCAAGCUCUGUCAAGGCUCGACAAGGAUAGGAGAAAAUCUGUUACACCUUCCAUACUUCUGAUGGUGAAACUCUACCUACGGAGGAAACUACAAAGUGAGAAGGUCAUUCCUACUACUGCUACGGACAAUUAUAACUUGGUGGAGGCACUGGUGUCUCACAUGUCUGACAUUGAUGAGAAGCAAUUGGUGCUGUAUGCACAAAUUGCUAACAUUGUUAAUUUUAUACUUCAGUGGCCUGAGAUCAACAUAAAAGAGAUUGCUGAAAACUUUUCCAAGUUUGCAUGCAAUGCACAUACCAUUUGCGACAGUGAACUAAGACCCUUGGGGACAGGACUGUAUCCUGUCAUUUCCAUUAUUAACCAUAGCUGCUUGCCCAAUUCUGUUUUGCUGUUUGAGGGAAGGUUGGCUGUCAUACGUGCUGUGCAACAUAUUCCACAAGGAGACGAGGUGUUGAUUAGUUACAUUGAAACUGCUGGAAGCACUAUGACUCGGCAAAAGGCUCUGAAAGAACAGUACCGUUUCACUUGCACAUGUCCCCGCUGCAUAAAAGUGGGUCAGUCUGAUGAUAUCCAAGAAAGUGCAAUUGUAGAAGGUUAUCAGUGUAAGGAUGAUCGAUGCAAUGGUUUCCUGCUCCGCAGUUCUGAUGACAAAGGAUUUGUAUGCCAACAAUGUGGACUUGUUAGGGACAAGGAAGAGAUAAGAAAGAUUGCAAGUGAACUAAAAUUGAUGUCCGACAAGGUUCUUAUGUCUUCGUCAUCUGGCAAUUACCAGGAAACUGUUUCUAUGUAUCAGAAGAUUGACAAACUCCAGAGGAAAUUGUGCCAUCCUUUCUCAAUCAGUUUGAUGCAAACUCGAGAAAAGCUUUUAAAGAUUUUGAUGGAGCUGCAAGAUUGGAGAGAAGCUCUAGCAUAUUGCAGAUUGACCAUUCCAGUGUAUCAAAGAUUAUAUCCGGGAUUCCAUCCUUUGCUUGGACUGCAAUAUUAUACCUGUGGGAAGCUUGAAUGGUUACUGGGAGACACAGAGGGUGCUAUAAAAAUCACUUCUUCCAAGGCAGUGGAUAUCCUACGAGUUACUCAUGGGACAAAUACGUCUUUCAUGAAGGACCUCGUGCUGAAGUUGGAGGAAGCACGUGCCGAAGCUUCUUACAAACUCUCAUCUAAAGAUGAGUUACAAGAUCUACCUUAAAUUGUCAUUCCAUGCCUGAGCCAUUCCUAAGAAAUACAUGAGCUUGGAGUAGAGAAUGAUUCAGUUAACAUCUCUAUUCAGUUGCCACAACCAUCUUGGAUUCAUCUUGAUCUCUUGGUACAGGUCAUCUCCGAAAAAUCUUCUACCCUGCACUGAUGCAUUAUAAAUAC